UCAUUCCUCCAGUCACUCAGCUCCAUCCCAUCUACGUCUUUCCCGCGGACUGGCUCCUGCGUGUUUAAAGGAGCUCUGCUGUUUAUUUACACAUUCUGCAGAGAAAACGAGCAUAGGCAAGCUCAAAGCUGUCGGACCCCUUUCAUUUCCCCUGAAUCUCUCUUUCUCAUUCAAUGGCUCCGUGCGUAGUGCUGCUCUGCUCUCUGUUCGGACUUCUCCUUGGCCAAGGAGUGGAGCAGAUCUCCAUCGAGGACUGCUGUAGAGAUGGCCAGAAGCACGGCAAUGAUAACGAAGAGUGUGCGUCCCUCCCUCUCAUCUCUGGGUCAAACACAUGCAGGACAGUGCAGGAGCAGUGCUGUGUAACAGUGCUUGAGGAUAACAUGUGCACCACUGGUAUCAACGUGGCCAAAGGCCAAGGAGCCUGUGAAUCUUUAUUCACCAACACCUGCGAGACCAAGACUACAAAGAUGUGCUGUGACUGUUGUCUUCUGGGGAAGGCGACGCAGGAGCAGGGCCUGCCCUGUGACCACAACCUGUCCGUGGGCUACCAGUGUGGCCUUGUGUCCCGGGCCUGCUGCAUGGAUGGAGCCCCAGACAACCAGACCACACCCAGAGAAAAAACUGAAUUACCAAACAAAGAUGAAACCAAUGACAAUGGAAACAAUUCAGUAUUAAGUGAUCAGUGCAAAGGGAAAUGUGCUCAUAACUGUGUGGGAAAUGGCACUUGUUCCUGUUUCAAAGGCUACAAACUCAAGCCAGACGGGAAGAGCUGUGAGGAUAUCAACGAGUGUUUGCUGGGAGCCAGCAACUGUCGGGGAGGAGAGCGUUGUAUCAACACAGAGGGCUCAUUCCGUUGCCAGAGAGAGGUCAGCUGUGGGACUGGCUAUGAACUCACUGACAACAACAACUGCAAAGAUAUUGACGAGUGUGAGAGUGGCAUCCAUAACUGUGGCCCAGAGUUUGAGUGCCAAAACACACAGGGUUCGUUCCGUUGUCUCCCAAAUGUCAAAUGUGGUCCAGGCUUUAUCCAGGAUGCCCUCGGCAACUGCAUUGAUAUCAAUGAAUGUGUCAGCCAGAUGGGCCCAUGUCACCGCGGGCAGAUCUGCAUCAACACAGUUGGUUCGUUCGUCUGCCAGAGGAACUCUGUUAACUGUGGUCGAGGAUACCACCUCAAUGAAGAGGGCACACGUUGUGUUGAUAUUGAUGAGUGUAAGGGCCCUGAAAAGGUCUGCACAGGUCACGGUUGCAUCAACAUGAUAGGCUCCUACCGCUGUGAGUGUGAGACUGGCUACAUCUUCAACAGCAUUAGUCGGGUUUGUGAGGAUAUUAAUGAAUGCAGGCACUACCCUGGCCGCCUGUGUGCUCAUAAAUGUGAGAACACUCUGGGAUCCUACCAAUGUAGCUGCACCACCGGCUUCAAGCUAGCCGCUGACGGCAGGAAUUGUGACGAUUUAAAUGAGUGUGGGAGCAACCCAUGCAGUCAAGAGUGUGCCAAUGUGUACGGCUCCUACCAGUGUUACUGUCGCCGCGGCUACCAGCUCAGUGACAUAGAUGGCAUGACUUGUGAAGAUAUAGAUGAGUGUGCCCUGCCCACUGGAGGUCAUAUUUGCACCUAUCGCUGUCACAACACCCCUGGCAGCUUCCACUGUUCCUGUCCUGUCAGUGGCUACACAUUGGCACCGAAUGGGCGCAGCUGCCAGGAUAUUGAUGAAUGCUUGACGGGAACGCACACAUGCACAGUGAAUCAGAGCUGCUUUAAUGUGCAGGGAGGAUUCAGAUGCCUGCUCUUCGAGUGUCCAAAUAACUACCGUCGUGUUGGAGAGAAUCGAUGUGAACGCUUGCUUUGCAAUGACUCUGUCGAUUGCCCUGCCCUGCCCCUGAGAAUAACCUACUACUACCUCACCUUCCCCACCAACAUUCCCGUCCUCACCAACAUCUUCCGUAUGGGCCCCUCCCACACCGUGGCCGGCGAUGAUAUCCAGAUUGUUAUCACCUCUGGCAACGAAGGCGGUUUCUUCAAGACGGAGCAAGUUCCCACCGGCGGCGUGAUGUCGGUGGCAAAGCUCAUCAACCAGCCACAGGACUUUGAGCUGUCUCUGGAGCUGAGGCUUCGCCGCUACGGCACGCUCAGCACAUACCUUGCAAAAGUGCUGGUUUUCGUUACCCAGGAGGAGCCCAGAGUACCUUACAAUGCCCUACUAGAAUAAAAACCGGAGUUAAUGUAGGGUUGCACAAGUUACUACACUCUUAAAAAGGAUGUGUCAUUUUAAAUGCAACGUCUUGUUGAGAAAAGAAUUCAUCUUCAACACAAAAUUCAUUCAGCCAGAAGCCCAUUUUACUUCAUAUUGAUAUGUGUUGUGCCUAUUCUUAAAUAAAUAGUUUGGGAUAUUAUUUUAGGGAAUACUAUUGUGCAAAAUAGAUGACAAGAUUCAUACCACUAAUAUCUGUACACUAAUUAUAAAGCUACCACCAGCAGCUGGCUAACAUAGCGCACCUUAAAGAAUGGAAAGAUGGGUAGAAACAGCUAGCCUGGCUCUAACUCUCAGUAAGAAAGAAUGUGCGUAUCUUCAAGUGUAUUUCCUAAAAUAUCAAACCAUUCCUUUUCACAAAUGUCCAAUGUAUCAAAUUACUACAAACCACAUUUACUCUGUGGCUUUUGGGGGGGAACUGGUCAAAUUAUCCAUCAUCCAUCCAUAGUCAUCCGCUUAUCCGUGGUCAGCAGGUCCAGCAGGGGACCCCAACCUUCCCCUUCACGAGCCACAUUAGCCAGCCCUGACUGGGGGAUCCCGAGGCCUUCCCAGGUCAGGGUGGAGAUAUAAUCUCGGCUCUACUCCCAGUUCCUCACGGAUGACUGAGCUUCUCACCCUAUCUCUAAGAGAGUCACCAAAUUACCCAGCUUCGUCUAUUUCACUUUUUUUUCUAAAUAAUUUCCACAAAUAUGACUGUUUGACACUAAACGUUUGCUAAAGAUGGCAUCCUUUUUUUGAGAGUUGAUCUGAAAACAAGCAAUACAAUACAACACACAAAAAUCUGAAUAAAGAAGCACAGCUUUUUAGUACUGUAGCAUUUUACAUAAUCAACGUUAGGGACUAGAGUUAGGGAUAAAUUAGUUCCAAUUGAAUGUAUCUUCUUGGAGGUAAGGCAUGUAAUAGCCGCUAGGUGGCGUUCUCGGUCAAGCUAAAUCCUAAAAUAGUAACAACCCUACGUUUGCCUACAAUUGAGUGUAAUUUGAUGAUGGUUGCAUGAUAAAGUCUGACAUUUUGCAGUACUUUAUGGUUUAUGUGUUGGAUGAACAGUUUUCUAUUAAAUUGAAAUAGAAAUAACA